GCCACCUUCGUCGUAUUCCUCUAAGCCGUUGUACUCCUUGCAGCACGAAUUGUACCCACCGAAGCGCGUCGACUACAUUCUCAACACUCGCACCAAAAGCCAGCCAUAACUCAUAACCUAACCCCACACCAACCACCCAACCACCAUGGCCACCUACUUCGGAGCGCUCCCUUACACGCCUUUCUCUGGCAUUCCCAACGAGACUUACGCGUCCCGCGAGCGGGUCACUGGCUAUGUCUCCCAGACUCAUUCCUCCUUCUCCUCGCCUGCCCUCUCCGAGGGCGAUCCUACCCCGCCCCGCGAGGCCUCCCCGAUCGGCGAAGCGGUCUACGAGCAGACGCACUCCUCUGCCUAUGAACAGACGCGCCCCCUCGUCCGCCAGGACUCCCUCCCCUCGCGCUUCGCACGCAAGGAUCGAAGCUUCUACGAGGAGAACGUGAGCCAGGAGAGCGCGCCGGUGCCGAGCAUCUUCGACAUGCUGGUGACCGCGGCCGCGGCCGAGGAGCUCGACGCGGACGCGUCGGUUGGUCCCGACGAGGCGCAGAACAUGCCGCGGGUGAUGGAGUCCGCGUCUGCUGCCACCACAUACGCCCCAUACAACGACGGUCAUGCCACGGCCGACGUCGACAAUAACGCCAUGGUUGACGUCGACAGCCACCCCAUGGUUGACAAUGACACCGACGUCGCCAUGCUCUCCGAAUCCGACGCCGAGGACACCGAGGACGAGGACUUCGCCAUGAUCGAGUCCGAGGACGACGACGAGGAUGACGAAUACGAGGAGCCGGCGAGGAAGCGCGCGAGGAGGAGCCCGGUGGCAAAAAAGAGCGCGCCUGCGAAGAGGACGAGCGCGUCUGCGAAGGUUGCGUCAACGAACAAGAGCACACCGACGAAGAAGAGCACGCCGACGAGGACAAGCACGCCGACGAAGAAGGACUCGCCCCCGAAGACGAGCGCGUCGGCAAGGACCUCGCCGCGCGCGAAGACGUCGAGCGCGUCUGCCACCACGCCGUCCACGUCGCCGAAAACCUCUCCACGCGCGAAGAAGAGCCCGUCUCCCGUAAAUGCCAGCGCCUCAGCGAAGAACCCCAGCGCCUCAGCGAAGAACCCCAGCGCCUCAUCGAAGAAGACCACCACCCCGCCCAAGAAGCGCGCCUCCCGCUCGAAGAAGGGCUCGCCAUCCACCUCCACUACUCCUUCGACGUCCUCCACGCCCUCUGCCACUACCGUCGACGCCGACGCCGACGCCGAGAUGAGCUAUGAUGAGAUGGUCGCCAACAUCGGCAGCGUCAAGACCCUGCCGUGGACAACGGAGGGCGUCAAGGCCUUCGUCGUGAGCUUCAUCAAGCGCAGCGACGCGCGGCGGGCGGCGGUGAAGCGCAAGGCGGAGGAGGCGAAGCAGAAGAAGAUCGAGGAGGCGGCGAAGAAGGCUGAAGAGGCGGCGGAGGCGGGUGAGGGGCAGGAAGGGGUUGUGGAGGGGCAGAAGGCGCAGGGAAAGAAGGCCGGGGGCAAGAAGGCAUCGGCGCCGACCCCAGCCCCCACGACGACCGGCAAGCGCAAGCGCGGGCCCGUCAUCGAGGACAUCGACGAGGACGACGACCUCGACGAGUACGAGAUCGACGACGGGGACGACUGCAACUGCCACGCGUCCACCUCCACCUCGACCCUCCCCUGCACCUGCGGCCCCUCCUCCAAGAAGACCUGCCACGCGCUCUCCCAGCGCAUCGAGCUCAUGCGCACCGACCCCACGCUCACCUCCUUCGGCGCGCACCACGCCAUGUGCGCCGGGUGCGGCACGCAGAUCCGCACCGACAUCCGGUGGGAGUUUUACUUCAAGGCGCUGUGGGGAAAGCACUCGCUGGAGAAGUGCGCGGGGCUGCGGAAGUGGGAGGAGAGCCCGCCGAGCGCGGAGCAGAUGGAGGAGUGGCAGAAGUCGCGGGACGCGUCGGCGGAGGAUGCGGUAAGUCGUUGUUUCGAUGCGAUUAUCGAUAGGGCGAACGUGCUGACGCGCCCCAUAGAAAGUCUACUUCACGAUGAUGGCGGACAAGGGCACGUCGAAGUGCGUGUGCAAGGAGCUGGGCCGCGAGGUCGAGAUCAUCAGGAAGUACGAGGAGGAUAAGGCGGUGCGCGACGCGAAGAAGCCGAAGAAGCCGGAGGAGUCGAAGAACGAGGACGAGGACGCGGCGUCCAAGUCUGAGGGCGCGGAGUUGGAGGAUGAGGACUCGGAGGAGCGCGCCGCAACCCCCAUCCCCGCGCGCCCGACUCGCAAGCUCCCGAAGCGCGCUGCUGCUCGCAAGUAACUGGAUGAGGAUGUGCACCUCAAGGAUUGACUGACCAUGAUACCCCAGGAUCGGAUACUCACUGUACUAUAAUCACUAUCUCCCGUCUCAAAUCAGUGUCCCGACUGUAGAACCGCAGCGUCUCCGGCUAUAGAGGAUGUACGCCUGCGUGACUGACCCACUAUGCUUACCCUUGGUAUCUUACUAUAUUCCACUGUG